AUGUCUCCGAGCAACAAAAAACGAGACAUGUGGCGAAACGAGGACCAAGAUUACAUCUUCCCUCGCAUCAACAAUCUCCUCUCUCGAACGCAAUUACUCAACUCGGAGAAAAAGUUUAAAAAAAUUGACAAAUCGAACGAGGAAGAUCGAGCGUCCUCUUGGAAAGCCUGGUUCGCGUUCAUGUCCUCGAAACACUAUCCUCCGGAUACGAGUGAUGGUUUUUCACCGGAGGAGGUGAAAAGGAACGCGAUUUUCUUGGCGGAGUUGAUGGAGAAGGAGAGGAGGAAAGUGGUCGAGAAGAGCGGGAAAGCGCCGGUGGGACGGCCGAAGAUGAAGAAGACUUUAGGAGAUCAUGUUGUAGGAGACAAGAUGAGAACGAACAACAACAACAACGAGGAGAUGAAGACGCCGAAGCGAGUCGUCGCGGGAGACGCGAAGCACAAAAGAGCGUUGGAAACGACGACGACGACGACGACGACGACGACGACGGAACCUUUUCGAACGUCACCUUCCUUGGCGAUCAACAUGGACCAAGCGAAAGCGAUUCAACACUGCGACGACGGGAAGAAGAAAAUAACCAUUCGAUUUACGCCAGAUUCAGAGCUGAUAUCGAAUACGAUCAAAUCGACGAGACAAAAUCCAAUCGUAGAUUUGACCUUUCGGUUGAGGAAAAAGUUGGGGGAUAUUUGCGACCAUUUCAGCGAAAAAUGGAAAGAGGCGGCUGCACUUUUGGAACGAGAAGCGAGAGAGGAGGAGAAGAGGAAAACGGGAAACGAGAACGGAUUGAGGAAUAAAGCGUUCAUGUUCACCAUGCGUCCGAAUAUGCGAGGGGAUAAUUCGGUGAACUUAGAACCGUGCGUUGUUUGGGAUAAGCAGAUUAUCGGCGACAUGACCGCGGUGAAAGCGUACGAGAUGCGAGGGUAUCCGGAGACGUUUGAAAUCAAAUACAGUUGGAGAUUCGCGCCGUUGCCGCCGCCGGAUGGAAGCGGGGACAAGAAGAGAAAAGAUUACACGUAUAGAACAAAAAUGGCGAUAAAGGAACAGAUGAUAGCGAACAGAGAUAGCGCGAACAAUAAUAACAACAAGUUUGACUUUUCGACCGUGUUUGACGAAAGGACGCGAACGCCGUUACCGCCACCGGAAUUUACCAUGUCGGCGUUUGACGUCGGAGCGUUCGUGAACGGCAACGAACAAGAACAACCGCUCGAGACGAUAAAACCCUCCAGUCAGGAAAAGAAGCGCAAAAUAGAUACUAGCAGCAAGUUUGCAAAAAAGCCGGUGCCAAAAGAGAUCAAACCAGAGACGGAUUCGAUGUUGGCGUUGAAAUUGCAAGCCGAACUCAACGGCGGCAAUCGCGAAAGACGCAACCGUAAACCGAUGCUCGAAGCCGAAGAAGAGCCGGAAGAAGAAGAAGAGGAAGAGGAGUACGGUGGAGAAUCCGAUUUAGAGAACAACGACGACAAUGACAUGCCAAUUUCAAUGUGGAUGAAACCAGACGGCGAGAAGGAAAACACCUCCACCGGUGAUUUUCCCAAUUCCUUACUUCCGCAAGGACUCGCAGGAUUCGACUCCAUCUUUGCCGGUAUCGGUAAAGAAGACGACGCAUCGCGUCCGUGCGGAGAAUCCACGAUGAAUGGAUUUGCACAAGUCAUCUUCGGUGGUGGUGGCGAGAGCAAAGAUGCCGCGAUGGUGGCUGCGUGUCUUCCGAAGCGAAACGUGGAAACCGGACCGAGCAGUUUUGCGGGUUUGCUGAGUUAG